UAGGGCAUAAACUUGAUUUUGGGUAUUUGGGUGCCCAAAACCACGUUCGCCCAACUUCUUCUUUUCUCGCUCGUCUCGCCUCUGUGUCGGCUCUUGGGAUUCCUUUUGUAAAGCAAUUUAAAUUAGUUCCUCAACAUCUCCUCGCAACGAAGAUGGGAACAAGGGAGGAAGCAAAUGAAGAAACGAUUCCCUUGGAUGUGGUGGCCGAGUGCAUUUUGCCGAGCGUAUCCACCAAGGACCUGUUGAGGUUCAGGUCAGUGUGCAAGUCAUGGCGUCAGCUCAUCGAUGACUCAUAUUUCAUUCACAAGCACCUCAGCCUGCACGACUUAACCCUCCAUGACCGACGUCCUCCUUUCUUUACGAGCAUCAGAGAUGCCUCUCGUCGCCAUGGCCUCCAAGUUAUCUCCUUCGGAUGGAUGAAUAUGCCUCCAUCCAUAUAUGGCAUGGACAUAAAAUGUGAAGAUAUUGUUAAUGGCCGCAUCAAUGACGACAAUGAGCCUGCCAAGAUAUUGAGUUUGGAAUAUUGCCCGAAAGGUCGAGGGUUCAACAUGUUACCACCAUGUAAGGGUUUGGUUUUGUUUGCGAGUAAGUCAGAUCCCCUGUGUCUGUGCAACCCUGUCACAGGUGAGUUCGCCAUUCUGCCUCAAACUACAGCAGCACGGUAUAAGUUUGCCUACAGCUAUGGCUUUGGUUUUGAUGCGCACAGAAAGCAGUUCAAAGCAGUUUAUAUUUGGGACGGCAUCAAAGCUUCAGGUAGUUCGUAUCCUGUGUGCGAAUGUGAGGUACUGAGUCUAGGCAAAGAUAUAUCCUGGAGGCAGGUCGGUCGCUUGCCAUUUGGUCACCAUUUCGUGUGCAGUUCUCGGAGCACUCCUUGCCACGGCAGCCUGCAUUGGAUCAUACGCAUCGGUUAUCUGUGCAAGAAGAACUACUCAGUACUUUAUGCUUUUGAUCUCACAAAGGAGGAAUUUAGGCGGAAGGCGUUGCCUGCGGGACUUGAAGAGGUUUUCCACUUGAAGCUAGCUGAAGUCGAGGGUAAUCUGGUUCUCAUGAACCAUGAGGCAGAGGUUGGAUUGAAUGUUUGGGUACUUGAAGAUUACGAAAGCAAUAUUUGGACUAAAAGGCACCAGAUUUCCUUAGAAAGCUUCCCUAGUGGAUUAUCUGGGAUGAAGCAUAUCCGUCCUUGGCCGUUGAUUAUUUGGGAGGAUAAAAUCUUGCUCCAGUUCGUCCUGGUGUCUCAUAUGAUUCUCUACGAUUCCAAACAGAAAACGUUCCAGAGGGUUGUGGUUGGUGAUCGGAAACUUAGUGGACGGCAUCUGUGGUACAUAUAUGAGCAAGAUCCUGAGUCUGCCUUAUUAAUUUCUGCACUGUGCAGCAGGUAGGUAGAGAGUCAGGCAAAUUGUUCUUUUUUUUUUUUUGGUUUCCUCUUUUUCUUGCUUCUUUGAGGCUGACUUAGAAGAGUAGAAUGGUGAUAUUACGGGUCUCUGUGUCGUCUGUUUUAGUUCUUCAUCCACAAUAAUU